AAAAAUUGUAUUUUUCGAACACGUUAGGUAAAAACAAAUUGAUCCGAAGACGUUUGGUGACUUUGUGAAUCACACAACAGUUGGUUUUACCCAUACUCCUUAUCUUUGCUGCUUCCUUUGGGCGUCACUAUCGUUAUCAUGCUUGCUCGUGAAACAUUAUUCUUUUCCCUUCUUAUAAUUUUCUCUUUGGGUGAAAAUAGAAUAAGUAACUGUCGCUCAAAAGACACUUGCGAUGUUUGUAUACAAGAGCCGGACUGUGUGUGGUGUGUCAGGCCACGAUCGGAAAUACACUGCAUUCACAAGAGCCAAGUCGAGGAUAAUUUGUGUGACAAAAAGGAUAUCGUAAAUCCAACAGGACAAAUAAAAAUUUUACAAGACAAACCAUUCUCAAGCACAGAAAACGGGGAGGCUGUUCAGAUUAGACCACAAAAAAUCAAAUUAAAGUUACGGAAGGGUGAAGAAUAUUCUUUACAGUUCCAAUAUGCCCAGGCUGAGAAUUACCCAGUAGACUUAUACUACAUAAUGGACCUCUCGGCUUCAAUGGAAGACCACAGAGACAAGCUUGCUAAACUUGGGGAUAAGCUAGCUAGAACGAUGAUGAACAUCACCAACAACUUUCGUUUAGGUUUCGGAAGUUUCGUUGAUAAAGUUGAUUUACCCUUUGUCAGCACUGUGCCACAAAAAUUAAAAACUCCAUGCAAACUAAACAAAAACGGGAAAAGUGUGAUUUGUGUUUCACCCUACAGUUUCAAAAACCACAUUUCGUUAACCGGAGAUUACAGGAAAUUUACAGAACAAGUACUUCAAGCCAGAGUUUCGGGUAAUUUGGAUUCGCCCGAGGGAGGAUUCGACGCCCUUAUGCAAGCAAUUGUGUGCAAAAACAGCAUCGGUUGGCGAACUCAAGCCAGACAUCUAAUUGUGUUUUCAACUGAUGCUGAGUUUCACAUCGCCGGUGACGGAAAACUGGCCGGGAUUGUAGAACCAAAUGACGCUCGUUGCUACAUGGAAAAUAACACUUAUACUCAUGACCUGGCUUUUGACUACCCAUCGGUGUCGCAAAUAAAUCAUGUAGCUAAGGAUAAUAACAUAAAUAUUGUUUUUGCAAUUGUUAACAAGAAACGGGUUGUGGACGUUUAUAAAAAACUGUCCGAAUCAAUCGAAAAUUCCAAUAUUGGAGUUUUGGACGAACGGUCGGAGAACGUCAUUAAACUAGUACUGGACAAUUAUAAUAAAAUUGUUGAUUCCGUGACGAUUUCUUCGAACAGUUCGAGCGACAUUGAAGUUAAGAUAACUUCAACUUGUUCGCACCCCAAGAUAAACGGCUGCACAAACAUCCACAUUGGCGAAAUCGUUAACUUCACUGCCAUAAUCAAACCACUGCAGUGCACCAAAGGCUCAAACAAGCACGUAAUAACCGUUAAACCCGAAGCACUAGACGAGAGCAUUGUCAUCGACUUGGAGGUACUCUGCGACUGUGAUUGCAGCUCUCAGGCGUUGGAUCCGCAAAAGUGCUCAAAUUCCGGAGCGCUCCGCUGUGGCGUCUGCGACUGCGAUCCGGGCUUCUUUGGAAAAACGUGCGAGUGUAACAAGAAAACCUCGGAUUCCGCCGACGUCUCUCUGUGCAAGGCCUCAAAAAACGACACAAGAAUUUGUUCCGGCUUGGGUUUUUGCAGAUGCGGCCAGUGCCAGUGCUACCAGCGGAGCAAUCCCGACGAGAAAAUCUUCGGCAAGUAUUGCGACUGCGACAAUUACAGUUGCAAAAGGGUGAAUGGAAGGCUGUGCUCGCAGCGAGGGUCCUGCGAGUGCGGGGGGAUUUGUAAGUGUCAAGCUGGAUGGACGGGAGACGCCUGCGAGUGUCCAGACAGCGACAACAGCUGUGUUAAGCCAGAUAACAAUCUCGUUUGCAACGGACAUGGAAACUGCAACUGCGGCAAGUGCGAGUGUUUCGACGAGGAAGUGAGAUAUUCGGGGAAGUACUGCGACGAGUGCCCAACUUGCGAAGGCCAGAGGUGCGAGGAAUUGCGCCCUUGUGUUGAGUGCCAGAUUUACAAAAGCGGGGUUUUCAACGAAGAAGAGUGUCAAAGCAAUUGCACUUUCUUCCAAAGCGAAGCUGUCGACAAGUUGGAGAACAGUCACGACGAGCAGGUUAAAACGUGUACUUUAGUUGACGAAAACGACUGCACUUUUGCGUUUCAAUAUGAAUAUGUUAACGAAAAAAAUUUAAAAGUCACAGCUGAAAAGGAAAAAAUUUGUCGAGGGCCACCUAAUAUUUUAGCUUGGAUCUUGGGUGUUAUUGGGUCGGUUUUAUUAGCAGGAGUGAUUUUGUUACUUACCUGGAAAGUCUGCACCACCGUUCACGACCGGCAAGAGUACGCAAAGUUUGAAAAUGAGAGGCAAAAAAUGCAGUGGCAUCGAAACGACAAUCCUCUUUAUCGACAAGCCACUUCUACUUUUAAAAAUCCUGUGUAUAGAACAUACAAAUUGUCAAAAACUAGAUCUGAGUGAAUGCUUUUUUGCUUUUACCAAAAAUACAAAAAAAUAGCAAUAUUGUGAUUUAAAAAAAUUUUUAAUAUUGUCUACAUUUGCUUGAAAUUAAAUAAAUAUUUAUUUUUUUUUA